AAGCUUGUCCCGUCUAUACGGAAAGCAAACAAUACUUUUACAAUAUUAUAAGUUGAUACCCGAUAUACACAGCCGACACUUGUGGAAAAGCUUUGGCAGAACGAGGUCGGGAUUAAGAAACUAAAAUGGCUGACCAGCUCACAGAAGAACAAAUCGCUGAGUUCAAGGAGGCGUUCAGCCUGUUUGACAAGGACGGAGAUGGAACCAUUACCACCAAGGAGCUGGGCACCGUCAUGAGGUCUCUUGGACAGAACCCGACCGAAGCGGAGCUACAGGACAUGAUAAAUGAGGUGGAUGCUGAUGGAAAUGGAACAAUCGACUUCCCCGAGUUCCUGACGAUGAUGGCGCGGAAGAUGAAGGACUCCGACAGCGAAGAGGAGCUGAAAGAGGCAUUCAAGGUCUUCGACAAGGACGGCAACGGAUUUAUCAGUGCUGCUGAGCUGCGUCAUGUGAUGACAAAUCUCGGGGAGAAGUUGACGGACGAAGAGGUGGACGAGAUGAUCCGGGAAGCGGACAUUGACGGGGAUGGGCAGGUCAACUAUGAUGAAUUCUGCGUGAUGAUGUCUGGGAAAUAAUAAAAAGUAAGAGAGUUUGUCAAGAUGAUGCAGUCGAAGUAGUCAGGGGGGACAACUACAGCCGUCCAAUCAUUUUGUACAGUACCGCACCACACAACACACACAGUGCCUGAACAUCCAGAUGCUUCAACAUUUGUCAGGAGUUGAAAUAAUAUAAUGUAUGAGUAUGUUAUCUCGCUGACUUGACAUUCAUUAUAAUACUGUGGGUUUAUGUUAUUAUCAAAAAUUGUGUUACUCCAUUGAAUCAAAAUGAAAUAUAGUGUGUGUGUUUUUCAAUUUCAUUUUACAUUUGUUAUUUAUGACAUUGUUUAUAUUUUUCUAUUUUAAUAAAAUACUUAAUAAUU